AUGAAUGGCGGUGAUGAAGAAUGGGAAAAUUUGGUUAAUGAGAUGGAAGCAAAUGAUGAUUUGUUAGAGAAUGAUGAAAAUGCACAUAAGAAUAAUUUGGCUUUCCGUGGAGAUGUCGACAAGAUUGGCGAACCACAUAACGGUAAUUUUUUGAGCUUUAUUGAAAUGAUAUCUGAAUUUGAUUUGGUAAUGCAAGAACAUCUUAGGCGUAUUAAAGAUCAUGGCAUUCAUCACCAUUAUCUUGGACCCCAAAUCCAAAAUGAAUUGAUUUCAUUGUUGGCACGUCAUGUUAGGGAAAAAAUUGUUAAAAAGAUUCAAGAAGCCAAAGGACAGGGAUAUGAUAACAGAUCUAAUAUGAGUGGAAAGAACAAGGGGUGCAAAACAGCAUCAACUAAGCGUUGGCAAGUGGAUCAAGAUAAGGUUGGUGGUCUCACAGUUAAAGCAUUGUCAGAUACUCCAUGGGAAAGCCAUAUUGAGGCUAUUAGAGCAAUAAGAUUCCAAGCUCCGAAAAUUCAAAAGGCUUUACUUUACUUGUCAGAGUCCAGUGAGUUUACUGCACAAACAAGAGCUGAAGCUUCUUCACUAUUAGAGCAUGAAUUUGAAAAUUUUGAAUUAAUAAUUGGGAUGGUUGUUUGGCACCAUCUACUGCUUGUGGUUAAUUCAGUUAAUAAGUUGCUUAAAAAUAAGGAUAUGCAUCUCAACACUGCCGUGAAGCGAUUUAAAGAUUUUGUUUCUUUUAUUGACAAAUAUAGAAGGACUGGAUUUGAGAAUUCGUUGAUUGAAGCUACAUCGGUCGCCGCAACAAUGGGGAUUGGACCUACUUUUCCAUAA